AUGCCCUCGCUACUACUGCGGCUGCAACCGCUCCGCAACUACCUUCCCUCCAUAACUCGACCAUCCCAUAUAUAUUCUACCACCACCACCACCACCACCAUCGCCUCUCGACCGUCCAACUUCUCCACCUCCCCGCCUCUCCUCAAAAACACCAACCUACCGCCGCGCCCUAAGCCGCCUCCUGAGGAAGAUAUCGAGGAGUCCUUCCUAAAGGGCAGCGGGCCCGGCGGGCAGAAGAUUAACAAAACCAACUCAGCAGUCCAACUCAAGCACCUCCCCACCGGUCUCGUCGUCAAGUCCCAAGCGACCCGCUCCCGCUCUCAGAACCGCGUCAUAGCCCGGCAACUGCUAGCCGACAAGCUGGACCAGCUAGCCCGCGGCGACGAGAGCCGCUCCGCCGUCGUCGGCGAAUUCAAGCGCAAGAAGAAGGCCAGCUCCGCCAAGAAGAGCCGCCGGAAGUAUCGCAAGCUCGACGAGGAGAAACAACAGGCUCAGCCUGGGACCGCGCUGCAGGAGGAAGAAGAGGCUUUUGAAGAAGACGAGUUCGAGGAAGGCGGGGAGAAGGAAGAGGUUCAAGAUAACCCGAAGAGUAGCGAAAGAAUAGAAAAUAAGCAAGCUUAA